GGCGGCUUUCUCUCUCUCUUUCCCCAGGAAGAGAAAGUUCGAACUCGAGAAAUGGCGGUGGAUUCUCCUGCUGGAGUUAUCAUCAUCGCCACCGUGCUUUUACAUGCUGCCACAACCUUGGUCUGCGGCUCCGACGCGGUUCUCAAGCUGGAGAGAUUGAUUCCGCCGAACCAUGAACUUGGUCUGACUGAGCUCAGGGCUUUUGAUUCAGCUCGCCAUGGAAGGUUAUUGCAGUCUCCUGUCGGUGGAGUUGUUAAUUUCCCGGUUGAUGGAGCCUCCGAUCCGUUUCUCGUUGGGCUUUACUACACAAAGGUUAAACUUGGGACACCCCCAAGAGAAUUCAAUGUUCAAAUUGACACUGGAAGUGAUGUUUUAUGGGUUAGCUGCACUUCCUGCAAUGGCUGCCCCAAGACUAGUGAACUCCAAAUUCAACUAAGUUUCUUUGAUCCUGGAGUGUCAUCCUCGGCUUCAUUAGUUUCAUGUUCAGACAGGAGAUGUUACUCAAAUUUCCAGACAGAGUCGGGCUGUUCUCCCAACAAUCUUUGUUCCUAUUCGUUUAAGUAUGGUGAUGGAAGUGGCACUUCUGGUUUCUACAUCUCAGAUUUCAUGUCCUUUGAUACUGUUAUUACCAGUACCUUGGCUAUAAAUUCCUCUGCUCCCUUUGUCUUCGGGUGUAGCAAUUUACAAACCGGUGAUUUACAGAGGCCUAGAAGAGCAGUAGAUGGCAUCUUUGGGUUAGGACAAGGGAGUUUAUCUGUAAUUUCACAGCUUGCUGUGCAAGGACUUGCGCCACGAGUAUUCUCGCACUGUCUGAAGGGAGAUAAAAGCGGUGGAGGUAUAAUGGUUCUAGGUCAAAUUAAGAGGCCAGAUACCGUGUAUACCCCUCUCGUUCCAUCACAGCCACAUUAUAAUGUGAACCUGCAGAGCAUUGCUGUGAACGGUCAGAUAUUACCGAUUGAUCCAUCUGUUUUCACAAUAGCCACUGGUGAUGGAACGAUAAUUGAUACGGGGACGACUCUUGCUUAUCUUCCCGACGAAGCUUAUAGUCCAUUCAUCCAAGCUAUUGCAAAUGCUGUUUCGCAGUACGGGCGUCCCAUUACUUAUGAGAGUUACCAGUGCUUUGAAAUCACAGCUGGUGACGUUGAUGUCUUUCCCGAAGUUAGUUUGAGCUUUGCUGGUGGUGCAUCAAUGGUCUUAAGACCCCGUGCGUAUCUUCAGAUUUUUUCUAGUUCAGGAAGUUCAAUAUGGUGCAUUGGUUUCCAGAGAAUGUCACAUCGUCGCAUAACAAUUCUUGGCGAUUUGGUUCUUAAAGACAAAGUGGUCGUCUACGAUCUUGUUCGCCAGCGUAUUGGAUGGGCAGAAUACGACUGUUCUCUGGAGGUGAACGUUUCAGCGUCAAGAGGAGGACGAAGCAAAGACGUUAUAAACACAGGACAAUGGAGAGAGAGCGGUUCAGAGAGUUUCAAUAGAAAGAGAUCACGCGUAUUCACCGACACAACGAAAAUGGCUAACGGAGCCGGUAGAUUGGAUCUGGACGGUAAACCGAUUAAGCCGAUUACGAUAUGCAUGAUCGGCGCCGGAGGUUUCAUUGGCUCUCAUCUCUGUGAAAAGCUAAUGACGGAGACUCCUCACAAGGUGCUUGCGCUCGAUGUCUACAAUGAUAAGAUCAAGCACUUGCUUGAGCCUGAUACCGUUCAAUGGGCUGGUCGGAUCCAGUUUCAUCGUAUCAACAUUAAGCAUGAUUCUAGACUCGAAGGACUGAUCAAGAUGGCAGAUCUGACGAUAAAUCUAGCUGCGAUCUGCACUCCAGCAGAUUACAAUACGCGUCCUCUUGACACUAUCUACAGCAAUUUCAUUGAUGCUCUCCCAGUGGUUAAGUACUGCUCUGAGAACAACAAGCGUCUGAUUCACUUUUCCACUUGUGAAGUCUAUGGAAAAACUAUAGGAAGCUUUCUUCCAAAGGAUCAUCCUCUGCGUCAGGAUCCUGAAUUUUAUGUACUCAAAGAAGAUAUAUCCCCUUGCAUUUUUGGUUCUAUUGAGAAGCAGAGGUGGUCAUAUGCAUGUGCAAAGCAACUUAUUGAGAGACUUGUUUAUGCUGAGGGUGCUGAGAAUGGACUCGAGUUCACCAUUGUAAGACCAUUCAACUGGAUUGGACCUAGGAUGGAUUUCAUCCCUGGCAUUGAUGGUCCUAGCGAGGGUGUCCCUCGGGUCCUAGCGUGCUUUAGUAACAACCUUCUGCGACGGGAGCCUCUCAAGCUUGUGGAUGGUGGAGAAUCACAGAGAACCUUCAUCUACAUCAAAGAUGCUAUUGAAGCUGUCCUUUUGAUGAUUGAAAACCCAGAGAGAGCCAAUGGGCAUAUCUUCAAUGUAGGCAACCCAAACAAUGAAGUGACAGUGAGACAACUUGCUGAAAUGAUGACUGAGGUCUACGCAAAAGUGAGUGGAGAGACAGCCAUCGAGAGCCCAACGAUCGACGUGAGCUCCAAAGAAUUUUAUGGAGAAGGUUAUGAUGACAGCGACAAGAGAAUCCCAGAUAUGACCAUCAUCAACCGUCAACUUGGAUGGAACCCGAAGACUUCGCUUUGGGACUUGCUUGAGUCGACCUUAACAUACCAGCACACGACAUAUGCGGAGGCCAUUAAGAAGGCCACUUCAAAACCAGUCGCAUCUUAGAGGUCGUCUCUCUUACAAACACCUCAAAUCAUGUGGUGGCUACGAUUCCAUUCUUUUUGUUUUUUUAAAUUCUCCCAACAGAAACCUUUUCUUCCCUUAUGUUAGGCAAUUUCUAAGCAAAUGAUAUAUCACGGUGGUUGAUUCUAGUUUACGUUUUCCUUGUUAUAUAGUAUUACUGUUAAUGUUUUUGAAUUCGUUUGUUGAAGCUUUAUAUCUUGUAUUUGUCCGAAACUAAAAAGGGAAUGGUUUGUGCAAACUAUAACAUUGGGGCUUUCUUUAUAUGUUACAUAUAUUUUUGGCGGAUUCCACACUUUACUUCUAUAUCUGUCUGGUUGGAAUAAGCGAGUUCGUUUGGCUUUUGCUUGUGUUGCUGUAUUUUGUGAAUAUAUACCUUCCUUAUUU